AUGGCGGCGGACGGCGGCCUGGAGCAGCGGGCGCUGCAGUACGAGCAGACCCUGAUGUAUGGCCGCUACACGCAGGACCUGGGAGCCUUUGCCAAAGACGAAGCAGCCCGCAUCCGGCGACAGCAGGAGCGGUGGAAAGGGUCCCCGAAGGAGCACCUGCGCCCGUCAGAGCUGCUGGAGUACGACCAGAGCCGGUGUGCGCGAUGCCGAAUCUGUACGGUGCGUUGCCAGAAGUUCCUCAUCUCCAAGGUGGGCGAAGACUGGAUCUUCCUCAUUCUCUUGGGCUUGGUGAUGGCCUUGGUGAGUUGGGUCAUGGACUUCACCAUCGCAACCUGCCUGCAAGCCCAGAAGUGGAUGUACGGGGGGCUGGACACCAACAUCUUCUUGCAGUACUUGGCCUGGGUCACCUACCCCGUGGUGCUGAUCACGUUCUCUGCGGGCUUCACGCAGAUCUUGGCUCCACAGGCGGUUGGUUCGGGCAUCCCCGAAAUGAAGACCAUCCUGCGGGGCGUCGUGCUGAAGGAAUACCUGACCCUCAAGACCUUUGUGGCGAAAGUGCUUGGCCUGACGUGCGCCCUGGGCAGCGGCAUGCCUUUGGGCAAAGAGGGACCGUUUGUCCACAUAGCCAGCAUGUGCGCGGCCAUCCUCAGCAAGUUCCUCUCACUCUUUGGCGGCAUCUAUGAGAAUGAAUCUCGCAAUACCGAGAUGCUGGCGGCUGCGUGUGCGGUGGGGGUUGGAUGUUGCUUCGCUGCUCCCAUUGGAGGUGUCCUCUUCAGCAUCGAAGUCACCUCGACCUUCUUUGCCGUCCGCAACUACUGGCGCGGCUUCUUCGCGGCGACCUUCAGCGCUUUCAUCUUCCGGGUGCUGGCCGUGUGGAACAAGGACGAAGAGACCAUCACGGCUCUUUUCAAAACCCGCUUCCGACUGGAUUUCCCUUUCGACCUUCAGGAGUUGCCGGCCUUCGCAGUGAUUGGGAUUGCCAGUGGCUUCGGCGGGGCACUCUUCGUCUACUUCAACCGCAAGAUUGUCCAGUUCAUGCGCAAGCAAAAGACCAUCAACCGCUUCUUGAUGAAAAAACGCCUGCUCUUCCCGGCCCUCGUCACUCUCCUCAUAGCGACGCUGACCUUCCCGCCGGGCUUUGGGCAGUUCAUGGCUGGCCAGCUCACCCAGAAGGAGACCCUGGUGACCUUAUUCGACAACCGCACCUGGGCCAAGCAGGGCCUGGCCGAAGAAUUCGAAUACGUCGGCGUCUCCGAGGCCUGGAAGCACCCGCACGCCAACGUGUUUGUCACCCUGGUCGUCUUCAUCGUCAUGAAGUUCUGGAUGUCGGCCCUGGCGACCACCAUCCCCGUCCCCUGCGGCGCCUUCAUGCCCGUCUUUGUCAUUGGGGCAGCAUUCGGGCGCCUGGUGGGCGAGAGCAUGGCGGCUUGGUUCCCUGACGGCAUCCACACCGACAGCAACGUCUACCGCAUUGUGCCAGGGGGCUACGCAGUGGUGGGGGCGGCCGCGCUUUCCGGAGCUGUCACCCACACCGUCUCCACGGCCGUCAUCGUCUUCGAACUGACGGGCCAGAUCUCCCACAUCCUGCCGGUCAUGAUCGCGGUGAUCCUGGCCAACGCCGUGGCCCAGAGCCUGCAGCCGUCCCUCUACGACAGCAUCAUCCGGAUCAAGAAACUGCCCUACUUGCCCGAGCUGGGCUGGGGGCACCAGGAGAAGUACAACGUCCGCGUGGAGGAUAUCAUGGUGCGAGACGUGCGCUACGUGACCCUCAACUGCCGAUACCGAGACCUUCAGGACGUGCUUCACAACACCAAGAUGAAGAGCCUGGCGCUGGUGGAAUCAGCCGAAUCCAUGAUCCUUCUGGGGUCCAUCGAGCGUGCCCAGAUUGUGGCCCUCCUGAGCGAGCAGUUGAGCUUCACCCGGCGCCUGCAGUACAUGCGGGAAAAGGCCCAGGCAGAGCGCAGAGCAGCUGAGAAGAGCCCGGAAAAUGAGGGGCAGCCCCCGCCUGACACAGGAGUGCGCUUCCAGAUCAGCACGGAGGAAUCCUCAUUUGUCCCGCCGCGAAGCGAGGCCCGGAAACCUCUCAAGCCGGCUCUGAAACGAACCUCCAGCAGCUUAUCUGAGAGCCCUACGACCGGGACCGUGGACCCACCAGGCAUCGCCCUGCGGAGUCUCUUCUGCGGCAACUCCACGACAGCAGAGCCAAAUGAGGAGGAAUUCGAAGUGAUCAGCGAAAUGACCCCGGCAGAGAUCCUGGAGUGGGAGGAGCAGCAGCUGGACCACUUCGUCAACUUCAGCAACAGCAAGAUCGACCCGGCCCCUUUUCAGCUGGUGGAGCGCACUUCCUUGCACAAGACUCACACCAUCUUCUCGCUCCUGGGGGUGGACCACGCUUACGUCACCAGCAUCGGGCGCCUGAUCGGCAUGGUGUCUCUCAAGGAGCUGCGGAAAGCCAUAGAGGGCUCGGUCACCGCCAAAGGUGCGAAGGUACGGCCCCCGCUGGCCAGUUUCCGGGAGAGCACGACCAGCAGCAGCGAGACGGAGACCACGGAGGUCCACCAGCUGUGGAACCGGCAGCACCGGCACUCCAUCCCCCGCGAGUCCAGCCCUUCCGAGAGCGACGACAAAUGCCAAUGACGGCAGAAGGUCCGCCACAGGCCGCCCCCGUGGACGUGACGCGGCGGCUGCGGCGUAGCGGUCGCCCUUCCAGCCAGAGCCUCGAGGCAGGGCCUCGCUAGGCCGGCCCCACCCCAAGGACCGUCACGAUGGUCUAGGCGCGAGGAUUGACCUCCGCCUAGAAAUCCAAGCAUCCCGGGGGGGCUUAAGGGGCAGCCGCUGAAGCCUGGCCUGGUUCUGGAGGAUGGGACAACCUGAAAGAACUCCUGCUCACGGCUGAGAGAGAACCUCGACCCUCUCGAACCCGCUUCCCGGAACGACACGAGCCCUGGGCUCCUCCUCGAUCCGGCCGCUGCCUCUGAGCCUCUCCCCCCUCCCGUUCCUCGAUCUCCAGAACAGCUCCGGGUUUGUGCCUACCCAGGGCCGGUUCCAGGUUUGGUGGGGGGAGUCCGUGGGCAGAGAGUGUCCAGGGCUCCCCUCUCCUCUGACCACCACUCGGACCCCGCUCGUGCCUCCCUUCUAGCCCACCCACAUCCCCACCUGCUUUGUCUCUUCCCUCUCUCCACCGGUUUGUGAGCCUUCCUACUGGCCGUUCCCCAACAGCACCAGGGGGUGUAUGCAGAUGGAAAUGCCACCGUUGUGCCUCCCAAGAGUGCCGCCAUUGCCCAUCACCUGCAGAUCCUGCCCUGGCACCACAUGGUUGGAGGGGAGUCAACCCCUGAGAGUGUGUGUCGUGGCAGUGUGCUGACGCCGGCCCCGUGCGUACCCCGACGACAGCUGCCACCACCCAUCUCUCAGCUUACCUUUCCAAUAACCUCCCUCUGUCUUGGGCCCAGUCUGCAUCUAGCAUUUGCUCCGUUGUUUUACCAAACCCACGCUGGAACAGAAA